AUUUUGUUGACUCUUCCUCAAGGACAUUAUCGUAUUUAUUUCUGUUUGCUUAGAAAAAGCAGGAAAAGAGGCUGCUUAGCCACAGGCUGGCUUGGACUUGUUUAGAUAUAUUUAUUUUGAAUUCAAAACUGAACUCAUGCGAUAUGAUGUAUCUUUGGAAAAAAUAAGAUUUUCUUGAUAAUUAGGUUUUAAGUAUUUUUUCGGUGUUCUAAGUAAUACCCUAGUUGUUUAUUUUCUCUUUAUCUGUGUCAAACAUUUCAGCUACAACUACCUCAGGUUAGAUGCUUCCCUCCCAGAUAUCUCUGGUAUUUAUCUAUAUUGUUCUUUUACAAAUAGAGUUGUCUUAUUAGUUGUCUUAUUUGUGGUCUAAUGUUUGUUUUUCCCCCCCCAGGAGAAGUCAUAGAUUCUAAAAAAAUUUUGUCCUUCUUCUGAACUUAACAUAAAUUUAGUUUGUAUGUAUUUGGGUUUAUCUUCUAAAUAUCCACACCAUAAACCCGUAUCAGUUACAGAAAAGUUGUGCAGUUAAACCAUGAGUUGUGGAAAAGAGUUUGUGGAAACAUUAAAAAAAAUUGAUUAUCCCAAAGCUGAUAGUCUUAAUGGGGAAGAUUUUGACUGGUUGUUUGAGACUGUUGAAGAUGAAGCAUUUUUGAAGUGGUUUUGUGGGAAUGUGAAUGAACAGAAUGUAUUGUCCAAAGAAGAAUUGGAAGCUUUUAGCAUUCUUCAAAAAUCAGGCAAGCCCAUCCUAGAAGGAGCAGCACUGGAUGAAGUUCUUAAAACCUGUAAAACUUCUGAUUUGAAAACCUCUACCCUGGAUGACAAAGAGCUAGAGAAAUUGGAAGUUGAAGUUCAAGCUCUGCAGAAAUUGAAGAACCUAAAAAUUCAGCGACGUAAUAAAUGCCAGUUGAUGGCUUCGGUAACAAGCCACAAAUCUCUGAGGUUAAGUGCUAAAGAAGAAGAAGCCACUAAAAGGCUGAAGCAGAGUCAAGGAAUUCUAAAUGCGAUGAACACCAAGAUAAAUAAUGAACUUCAAGCUCUUACUGAUGGCGUUGCUAAAUUGAUGAUGUUUUUCAGACAUUCUAAUUUGGAUCAAGGGGCAAAUCCACUGGUGUUUUUAUCUCAGUUUUCCUUGGAAAAAUAUCUAAGCCAAGAAGAGCAAAGCACAGCAGCAUUAACUUUGUAUACCAAAAAACAGUUCUUUCAAGGUAUACAUGAAGUAGUUGAAAGUUCAAAUGAAGAAAAUUUUCAACUUUUAGAUAUACAAGCACCAUCUAUUUGUGAUAAUCAAGAAAUCCUUGAGGAGAGACGGCUGGAGAUGGUUAGGCUGCAGCUAGCAUACAUUUGUGCUCAACAUGAGUUAAUUCACUUGAAAGCAAGUAAUUUGAGCAUGAAGUCAAGUAUACAGUGGGCAGAGGAGAAUCUUCAUAGCCUCACUAGCAAGGCUCUUGGCAAAGAUAAUUUGGAUGCUAAAAUUUCUAGCUUGAACAGUGAGAUUCUGAAACUUGAAGAACAAAUCACUUAUAUAAAAGAUAAAAGCUUGCCUGCUGUGGUAAAAGAGAAUGCCCAGUUAUUGAAUAUGCCAGUUGUAAAGGGAGAUUUUGAUCUACAGAUUGCUAAACAAGACUAUUAUACAGCAAGACAAGAGUUAGUUUUAAAUCAGUUGAUAAAGCAAAAGGCAUCAUUUGAACUUCUACAGUUAUCAUAUGAAAUUGAAUUGAGAAAGCAUUGGGACAUACAUCGUCAACUUGAAAAUUUGGUUCAAGAACUUAGUCAAAGUAAUGCGAUGCUCCGCCAGCGAUUAGAAAUGCUGACAGACCCGUCAGUAUGUCAGCAGAUAAAUCCAAGGAAUACCAUUGAUACCAAGGACUAUUCUACUCAUAGGCUUUAUCAACUUUUAGAAGGAGAGAAUAAGAAAAAAGAAUUGUUUAUAACCCAUGGAAACCUGGAGGAGGUGGCUGAGAAAUUAAAACAGGAUGUUUCUUUAGUACAAGAUCAGUUGGCAAUAUCUACUCGAGAACAUUCUUUCUUUCUGUCCAAACUGAAUAAUGAUGUGGACGAGCUUUGUGAUACUUUGUAUCAAGGAGGAAAUCAGCUUUUGCUUAGUGACCAGGAGUUAACAGAGCAGUUUCAUCAAGUUGAAUCCCAGCUGAAUAAGUUGAAUCAUCUUCUUACUGAUGUUCUUGCUGAUGUGAAGACAAAAAGAAAAAUUUUGGCAUCUAAUAAACUGCAUCGAAUGGAAAGAGAAUUAUAUGUAUAUUUUUUAAAAGACGAAGAUUAUCUGAGAGAUAUUGUGGAGAACUUAGAAAACCAAUCAAAGAUUAAAGUUGUUGGUCUGGAAGAUUGAAGAUUAUUAAAAACGGAAUCUUUACUACAUAUGCUAUGUUUUAAUGUUUUCUAUAUUAGGGGGAAAAGAUAGCUAAUAAACACUACUAAAAUUUUAAAUUUGAGGUCAAUGGAACAUUUCAUUUAAUUAAUUCAAGUAUUGUAUCAGUUUGGUUUUUUCUCUCAUAUAGUAUAUUUAUUCAAAGUACCAGUGCUUUCUAUGACUUGAACAUUUGCUUGGUGGGACCUAGUUCUGAUAACUUUUUACUUACAGGGAAAAAGCAUUAUUACGUAAUGCAAAUAUUUCUUAAUAGAAUUAGUUCAGUCGCUUUUACUUUUUUUUUUUUUUAGAAAUAGAAAAUUUCUACUGUGAAACAUUUUAAACCUUUGUAGAACUUUGAAUCAGCAUUGUUAAACCCUAAGGUGUUAAACACCUUAAUAUGGAAUAGCCAAGUACCCUCGUAUUUGACUAUAAAGUAAAAUUCUAUAAAGUAAAAUACUCAAACUGUAUCCCCCCGUAAUUCCCUGCUGUAGACUUUGAGACUCUGAAUGUUCCUAUUUGUUCCACAAAGAAUGUUGGGUAUCCAUUGGCCAUUGUUCAUUUUAGCAUCUGGGUCCUGGGGACUUAGAAUUUCUGCAAGACAUCUUAGUGCUUUGACUUCAGUAUGACACAUUAUGAAUGAUUUUUAAAUGAAAUUUGAAAAUGCCAUAGAAGUGGUUGCUCAAAGGAUGUAUAGUCUAUUUUACCUGUUUUUCUGGAGGGAGAAUACUUAGAUUGUAUCAGUUGGGGUACAAGUGUAUUAUUUGGACCAUUAGAAAUUAUUUUGAGUGGGAUAAAAUAAUUUGAAAUAGCUUAUUUAUCAGUCAUGACAUCAAGUGUUUCUUGAGUGCUUGAUUUAUAAGUGGCCUGUUACAUACUAUGUAAGCUCUGCAGAGGAAAAGGAGGAUCUAGAUAUUCAAGGAAUAUUCCUUAUUCAAGAAUAUUCCUGCUCCAGAAUAUAUUACUUUUUAAUAUGGAAUGCUAGUCUAAAAACUACACUUUUGUGGAAUUUUUUAGCUAUAACCAUCAGAACAUGGGUAUGCUUAGGUGACAGAUAAGCCCUCAUAAUUUUUAUAACCUGUUGAACAAAAUUAUUUUGCCAAUUAUUAUAUUUGUACAUUAUUUUAAAAUGUAUAUUUAUUAAGUAGAUCUAAAUAUGCUUGAAAAUUUCUAACAAUCUUGUCUAAGAUUUUUCUCUUAGCUCCUCAUGGGUGACUUUUAUUCCUUUUUUUUCUUUCUCUAUUCUACAGUGGAAUAGAGAAUUUACUUAAAAUUUUUCUUUUCUCCAGUAAUGUGCGAAAAUAUGUCACCCAGUUUCCUGGCUCAUGGAACAGCACAUUCUGUUUAGAUUAGUGCCAUGUGUGUUAGAUGUAUGACCAGCUACUUGAUGAUUUGUACUGUCCCUUCCACACCUUCGCCCACUCAGCCCAGGGGCGAGUACAGCUGAGAGGUGUGCAUGGAAUGAUGUCAGGUUGUGUGUCUGUCAUAAUUACCCAAGUCCAUUAAAAAUGUUUAUGUUACUAGAUUUGUACAGUUGAAGAUUAUAACAGCCAUUUGUUUCAAACCUCAGGAAGUAUAUGAAUAGAUUGCUUGCUUCAAAAUUGGUUAACUAGAAAUUGUAUGCUUUGUUACCUGUUUACCAUAAUAUUCCAGUUGAGUCUCUAACCAUUUUGCCUCCUUCUUGCUAUUCUAUUGUAUCGGUAACUAUGGAGAUAAUUGAUUCCUAUUUUACGUGGUCAUUACAGAGAGUGAUUUUUAUGAAUGUCUCUGUAUGUAACAUUUUUCAAAUAACUUCUUAUUUUGAAGUAAAAUUAAUAUAUGGA